AUGGUGUCCUUCAAGAGAAUAUUCUUCUUCGGCGCCGCUCUGACCAGCCUGGCCAACGCUAUCCCAGCAGGCUCUCCACCUGGCUCUUCUCUCUCGAGCCGUGCCACCUCCCUCAACAACGAGGGUCCAUCAGUCGACGUGGUCGCACGAAGCGUCGACACAGGGGAUGACUCAGGCGCCACUGCCAAACGCCAACGCCGCGGACGAAUGACCCUACAAUGGUCUCCCCAAGGUCGCAUCUUCUUCCUCCUAGGCGCGUCCUUCCCACAGAGCAUCAUCGACGGCUUCUACGGACUAGGCGAAGCAGGCCCGGCCAAGGGCCUCCUCGACGAAUUCCACCAAUGGCUAUUGCAGAACCAGGCGGCCCACCGGCGCGCCUGGCUGCUGUUCCUCCCAUCCACGAAGGGCGGAGUGUACGGCAAAGCCGGCGGAGCUAUCGCCAAUGACUUCGGGUUCGGACUGAGCACAUCUCAGUUCCCGACUGCGCAGGAUCUCCAAGACCUGCUUGAUGCCAUCACGGCCUGGGCUUCGCAGGCAGGAAGUGUGGUGCAGGCGCUUGCGCGCCCCAACGGGUUCUUCGACCCUGCUCAAAUCGGCGCCGGGCAGAAGCGUGAUGUCGAAGAGCGGUCCCGAACCAACACUUGUCCCGCCGACAUGAACUUGCUCCAGUAUGCUACGGAGGAUGUCUCAGUUGAUGUCGAUAUCGCCAACGACUUUCGCUGGGGUGGGGAGUGCGACGAAUCAUAG